CUUGAAGCCUGCGGAAUCCGACACUUCGUUAAUUAGCCCCGGUGCACAGGCAGUGCCGAUUAGCCGAUUAGCUUGGUGAUCUAGCGCGUUUCCCAUGUAGUGUGGAUAGAGGCUGACUGGCUGCGCUACGCUCACUCUUUUAUCCACUCUCUCUCUCUCUCUCUGUCUCUCUCUCUGUCUCGCUCUCUGUCUCUCUGUGCCCGCACGCCCGGGAGAGCAGCAGAAGCACUGGGCGGGCGGCUCGGACUGGAGAGAGAGUGAGCAACCGGACACAAGAGGGACAAGACACAGAAAGGGAGUCUGCUGGAACAUCUGAAGGCUCUUUCCCUCACACACACACACACACACACACGCACAUUCACACACUCUACAACCGCAUUCUCAGUGUAGACGAUGGCACAUCUGUAGCAUCACCAGUUGUCCGUACAGAAUUUGAGGUGCCUGUUGAAGCCGAAGGAGAGAAGAUGAACAUGGUGGGAGACUGGAGGGCACUUCAGAAAACCAGCACCUACAUUGUGCCAUGCUUCCUGAUGGUGGAGCUGGUGAUCCUGGCAGGAACCGUUCUGCUGGCGUACUACUUUGAGUACACGGACACGUUCCCCGUUCACAUCCAAGGGUUCUUCUGCUACGACAGGACGUUCUCCAAGCCGUACCCGGGACCAGAGGAUGACAGCAAGGCGCCCCCGGUGCUGGUCUACUCACUGGUCACUGCUAUACCGACCGUUACGAUCCUGAUAGGUGAGGUGACCAUAUUCUUUGUGAAGUCCGAGGGAGCUCAGGAGAAGACCAUUGUGACGGCAGACUGCUGCUACUUUAACCCCCUCCUCCGCAGAAUAGUCCGCUUCCUAGGUGUCUACUCCUUUGGCCUCUUCACCACCACCAUUUUUGCAAACGCCGGCCAGGUGGUGACAGGAAACCAGACUCCUCACUUCCUGUCCGCCUGCCGGCCCAACUACACGGCGCUGGGGUGUCAGUCCACCAUGCAGUACAUCACGGAGCGUCGGGCCUGCACAGGAAACCCCUACCUGAUUGUGUCCGCCCGCAAAUCCUUCCCCUCAAAAGAUGCUGCUCUUAGCCUCUACUCAGCUGUCUACACCGUGAUGUAUGUGACGCUAGUGUUCCGAACUAAGGGGACACGUCUGACCAAGCCGACCUUGUGUCUGACCCUGCUGUCGCUGGCCGUGCUGGUGGGCGUGGUCAGAGUGACGGAGCACAGGAAUCACUGGGCCGACGUCCUGGCUGGAUACCUGACCGGAGGAGCCAUCGCCGCCUUCCUGGUCACAUGUGUGAUCAACAACUUCCAGCAGACCCAGAUGGCGCUGCCCCCCUUGCCCCCCCAGCCACCUGUGCCCCCCCUGGGUAUGCCCCUGGUCACCUUGCCCCGCGUGGAGGGUCCACUCGAAAAGUUCCCGGACUACCGUACUCUGAGAUCACAUGACCAUCAGCCAUACCAGUGCCCCACCCCUCCAGAUGUGCUCCUCCCCACGCGGCGCUACAUCACCAGCGCAGUCUAGACCUGCCCUCCGAGCGCCCCGCCCCCUGCCCCGCCCACCCCGAGGGACGGCCCCCUCUCCGACGAGCAUUCUCCACCCAGGUGUAGCUCCCCCUGCUGUCGACCCCGAGCAGCAGCGUCGCCACGGAGACACUCAGUUCCUGUUUGAGAGCCAACCGGAGAUGGAGCCCCUCCCCCAACUGAUUCUGUCCUGUUCUCUGUUUUGUCAUUUUUAUUCACAACAACACAGCAAAUGACUCACUGAGGCAAAGACUCUGAGAGCUGUGUAAGCAAUACUUUUCCCCGCGUUUUUGUCUUUGUCUUCUCUCACUUUCUUUUUUAUUGAUAUGAGUCAACAGUGAUUCAAAGACAAUGAGCGAAUGAGACACUUGGUCAACGAUGAAUAAUUGCUUGGAGGACCUGUUUGUGUAACUCAGGAAAAAAACGAAGACAAAAUAAUACAAACACAGACUACCGGAGUGGAAGCAGUUUUGUAAAUGUUGGAAUGCGUAUUAGCGUGCGUUGUGUAUUACUGUGCUAUAGAGAUUUUUUAUUCUGUUGUUUUCUUUGUGUUAGUGCGAAAGAGGAUGAUUCCCCACUUUCAAAUUAUUGCUGUCAUGGACCGCUCCCAUUUAUUUUCGAAGGAACCCUUUGUUUUGUGAUUAUUGGGGAAAGGACACCGAUUCCCCGACUCGGUAGAACCAAACUGAACUAACUGACCACUAACUCAACACAGUAGAAAAGGUGAAAGAGACUGAAAUUACACAAGAUGAAAGGUCAACUGAUCAUUUGAAGCUUUCACCAUGGUAUAAAUUGGUGAAAUAUACAGUAUAUUCGACCUUCUGUGAUCUGUGAUUGCUUUUUGAGAUCAUUUUGAGAGCAUCUUUUGGUCGCAAAAUGUUGAGUAAACUGUUGUUUGUUUAUGCAUUGUUUAGACAAGUUUAUGUUGUUUUUUUUAUGUACGCCUAAACGUGUGGCUCUUUAUAUCCGGACACUUGUGUUUUGGUGAUGUUUGUCAGUGUGGCCAACCAACCGUUCUUUCACUUGCUAUGGCAGUUGUGCUGGUGUUCUGUUUGCACUAAACUCUCCCUCCUCCCCACACUUCUCCAACCCGUGCCCCUACCCUGCCCUGCCUUCUCCUCCUCUUUCCCAUUGGCUGAUAUUUAGACUGUGGUCCUCUUUUCUGUGCUGUGCUCCUUUCUCUCCACUCCUUCCUUUACGUUCCUCUUUCCACCAUCCUCCCAUCUCUCCUUUCAUCCUCUCAUUCAUCCUCUCAUUCAUCCUCUCAUUCAUCCUCCCAUUUACUCCCUAGUCAGCUAACACUGGGUGUGAUAUCCUGCUGUACAGUCAAUUCAAUAGGUAUUAUUUUGUGUUCAAUACGUCCCUCGAAGUUAAGGGGAGUCCAACUACCUGACAUGGGCCAUUUAAGAACAGGAAGUAGCAAACAUUUCACACCAGCAGGAAUGUAGCGGUCAGAGGAUACAGGGUGUUCUUUAAAAGAAUGACAACACUACUCCAUCAGCCUGACUGUGUUAGUCAGUCAAAUGACUUAAGCUCCACGCUGGCACAUGGUAACAUUACAGGGCUUGGCGAUGGGUACAGAAGUUGCUGAAAUGAGAAGAAAUUAUUUUAGGUCAAAAAUAUUUGGAUUCAGAUUGGUAAAUGUGUGAGGUGUGUGUGUGGUUGUAAAGUGUGUGUGUGCAUGGGUUUUAAGUUCAUUGGUCCUCAACUCAUGACAUAAUAACUUAAGACCCCCAUAAAGGAGUCCAGACAGUUACUGGCCGGGUUUCCCAGAUUCGUUAAGAAGAUC